AGCUGAACGAAGGGCAGCUGUUCAGGACACAUAUGGCUGCAUACAGUGGGACAUGAAAUUCAUGCCAAUAAGUGAGACACUGGAAAGCCAGCAGGAGAAAAAAGACAAAUUGAAUGUGCUGAGUGAACAGGCAACCUUUAGUCCAGAGGAGGUCAAAACUCUUAUGAAGGACACCUACUUCUCCCAGCGUAAAGCAGUAAACAGUGGAACAGAUCUGCAAUCACUCAUGGAAGAGUGGCCUUUUUUGUUUAAGGAGAUUGGAAUGAUGGUUCACUUUCAUGACCUUACUGGUGUAUCACUAAAAGAGACAUUCCUCAGUAAUGUCGAGAAAAAGGGAAAACGGGUUCUGGACUUCAUGAGAGGCGUUUCUGCAGACAAGAGCAAACUAGUUUUGCAGGCUGUAACAAAGCUCAAAGUUUUGAGAGGAAAGUUGGAGGGCUGCUCAGAAGAUGUUAAGGAUUUGGUGCUCCUCAUACUCUCAUACUUCCAUGAAAACGAGGAAAACCUCUUCUACUAUGUUGAAGAAACCUGCACGGCGAAAGAAGUACAAGUGGAAAGCUUGCCUGCGACACCAUGUGUCAUUGUAUGUGGAACAUCAUGUUAUGCUGCAAAGCAAUUCAUGCUGAGUGUAGACCAAAAAAUUGUGAAUGACCAGAUCCCCAACUUCAUCUCUGCUGUCUGCAUGAUGUUUGCAAGCUAUUACUGCCUCAAUAUCCACUAUCCUGUGGGUCUGGGCUCCACACUUGAGUUUCUUCAGAGGUGUUUCUUCAAUAUCAAUCCUGAGAAGGGCACAAAAGUGGAAAUGAAGAAAAACAAGAAGCAACUAUCAGUGAAUCCAAGAGUCCUCACACUGAUCGCUGAUCUCUCUGAUCAUGAGUGGAGAGAGACAGGUUGAAUAUGGACCUUCAGUUAACGUGCUGUUUAAGUGCUGUGUUAACACUUUAAAUGGAUAAGUUAUAUGGAACAGUAUCCAGUUUACUGUUAUGUUAACCACUAACAGAAAAAGUAUUCUCUGAGGUUUUGGGUUAAAGGAACACGCCGACGUUUUGGGACUUUAGCUUCUUCACCGUAUCCC